AUGGAGGCGUUUGAGUUGUCUGAGGACGCCCUCCAGUACCUGGAGAAUCUGGUGAUGAAGAAAGGGAUUAGAACCGGAACCCCCUGGAGGAUGAACAAGAGGUUCAAGGUCAAUCACCGGUCUGUCUGUCUGUGACUCAACUGUCUGUCUCGCUCUCUUUAUUUAUCUAUUUACUCUCGCUCAAUCAAUUCAGUUCAUUCAGGAAGUCCCAUACAGAUUUCUCCUUAUUCGUUUCCUGAAUUUACUGACUUCAAAACACAAUUGGCCACAAUCCUAGUGUGUGCUCUCUGUAAAUGCUUUAUUUACAUAACCCUGUGUGUAUUCUAUGUCAAUGACCAUCUUGUUUGAGCUGUACGGCAGGGUUUUGUCCUGUAAAACACUAUAUCUGAGAGGGUGUUGUCUGGUCUGUGUAUGCAGGUUCUCUCUAAGUGGAGGAAAAAGGUAACCAUGGUUUCCAAGCUGCUCAAUUUUGGAGGCUGCUCAGAGGCGGCGAAACAGCAGAGAGACAAAAUGUUGCCCACAGGCCCUUUGGGUUGGUCAACCUUCCUCUUUUACGGACACACACACAUACAUGGCUAAGCUCAGCAAAGGCUAAAAGACAGAUUGGGUGUUGUAUAGGGAUUCCUCUGGCUAAUAUCAAUAUCCAUGGCAGUGCUGAUGAUGAUGUCACUGUUGUUAUGUUGCAGGAGAUGUGACUCCCUCUGUGCCACUUUUAAAGUGCCUUGCCAUGCAACAGGUACUGCUGAUCUGUGUUUACACACACACACACACACACACACACACACACACACACAUCAGUAUCUUUCAUGUGUCAUUUCCUCUGCUGUUUCCUUACAGGAGAAAAUACCCUUAGUCAACGAGAACGACGUGUCUAAAAUGAGCAAGCCUUCAUCUCCCAGAAAGACCCUGGCUGCAGCCUCUGGCCUGUCCACAUCUAUGGCCUCCACCCAGGCUGCCCAGUCAGCCCCAUCCUCUCCACCUCCAUCUGAUCAAUUUACCACACCGCCAACAGUAGCCGCCCCACCUAAAUCGUCCAUGGCCCAUAAGGCAUCUCCCCCUAGCGGUGUGGUCUCCAGCUCCAUGGACCACCCUGCCCAGUCCAUGGCCACCUCUCCCCCCAGACACGUCACCCUGGUACUGCCUGAGAGUCCCGCCACAUCAGCCUCCACCUCCGCUCAACCCAGUACCAGACACAUCCCUAAACCCACCAAUGUGGCUGCAGUCCCCGUUCACAUCCACCUGACCUCCCCCUGUGUUCUUACUACCCUGGAGGAAGACGGAGAGGAGGAAGACGAAGAGGUGGAAGAGAAAAAGGAGGUGCGUGCUCCAGUGUCGUCCUCCCUCCUCAAGAUGCUUUCCUCUCUGACGCUGACCCCUGAGGUGGCCCUCCAUGCCACCCUGGUGCCCUCGCGCCAACAGAGCAGGCAUGGGCAGCUGGAGGAAUGUCAGCCAGCUAGCCCCAUGAACCAGCAGGAGGAGUUUCAGCCAGCUAACCCCAGUUACCAGCAGGAGGAGUUUCAGCCAGCUAACCCCAGUUACCAGCAGGAGGAGUUUCAACCAGCUAACUCCAGGUACCAGCAGGAGGAGUUUCAGCCAGCUAACCCCGGGUACCAACCUUACCAAAAGCCCAGGGGGAAGAGUGGCCGAGACCUGGGGGGGACUGGUAGUGGUGCCCCUGGAGGAAUAAGGGAGUCGGGGUGGACCCAGACCCAGAGAGAGGCUGCUGGGAUGGGCAGCAUUGGAAGUCAGUGGAAGGUGAAUUUUGCUGGGCUUGGCUCUCUUAGUUCCGGAGGGCAGAGGAGGGAAGAAGAUGCCCCAUGCAGCAGCACUGGCUUCAGGUCCCCUACACUGAACGACCUGGCCCCACCACGGCUGCUGGGGGCCUGGACUGAGAACAUUGCCAAUGUGCCAAUACCCAUAGGAGGGGGUGGGGGAGGCCUGGCCUGGAGAUCUGGAGGUCUGUCCGCCGCUCAGGGAACCAGCCCUACUCUCCGCUCUCAGUUAAUCUCGCCCCCGUCCACCCCGCCUUUAUCCUACCCUCUGAGCCACAGCCCUCUGACGCGCUCCCCCCUGCCGCCUCUCGACUCCCGGGCCACCGACACACCUUCUCCAGACCUGGAAACCUGGACCCUGGAUAGUUCCCCCUUCCUCGGUGGCAGGCUGUGUGAGUCCAACCCUCCAGAUCUACAUGUAGGUGAAACCAGCAUUGGCAGCAACACUGACAGGCACACCCAGAGACCAGGAGGAGCCAGCUCCAGCACAGACCCACUCACCACACUCAACUCCUGGCUCAGCAGUGACAGUCUCCCCACCGGAGCUGGCUCAGACUCUGGACAGUGGUCCCUCCUCUCAGAGAUCGACAUGUCCCCACUCCGCAGUGGACUGGUCUUCUCCCCCCUCACUCCCAUCUCCUCCUCCGGCCCCCUCAUCCCUAGCCCCAGCACCUCCCCUACCAGACGCACCAGAGGCAGCAAGCCAGGCAAGGAGAGACCCAGGGUCCUGGAGACACCUAAUUCCCCGUAUCACAGGCGCAACAGAGACAGCAGAGAUUAUUAUGGGGAGAUGUAG